AUGAUAGAAUCUAAAAAAAGGAAUAAGAAUAGACAAAAAAAAAAUGAUAAAAUAGAAAAUGUGGAUAAUACCCAUAAGGAGGAAAUUACUAAGAGAUCUAAGAAAGAAGAUAAAUCAACCCAAUAUGAUAUUAGUAUUAAUAAAGAUAUGAAUAUAUAUAUAGAUGAAGGACAUUAUAUGCAAAGUUGUAUUAUUAAAGAAUUAGAAAGUCAUUUUAAUGAUGAAGAAGGGAAAAACAAUGUAUAUUAUAUAUAUGAAGAAUUAAAAAUAAAUAAAAAUAUUAGUAGUAAGAUAUAUUACUAUACAUGGUUUUAUUAUUUUGAAAAUAUGAUAUUAAAGCUAGAUAAUUUUUUAGAUAUGAUAUUAAAUUAUUCUUAUUACUUAUUAAACGAUUCAUGUAAUAAAGAACGUAUUUUCUUUUUAAUCCAGACACCCCUUAAAAUAAAUAUACAUAAAUAUAUUGAUAGUACUGGACAUAUCACUAUAAAUUUUAAACAUAAAAUGUUUAAAAAUAUUGAAAAAAUAAUUUCAGAACAAGAAAAUAAUUAUACAAAUAAAAAAAAAAGGAAAAAAAAUAAAAACAAUUAUGACAAUACAAUAGACCAAAAUUGUGAAUCAAUAUUGAAUAACGAAAAUAUUAAUUCACCUAAUAAAUCAAUUGAUAUUGAUGUGGAAAAUGUUAUUGAAGACGAUAUUACAAAUGUUUUACAGAAUGAAAAAGAAGACUAUAUAAUUAAUUUUUUAAAACAUCAAAAAAUAAAAAGUAUCUUAUAUAUUAAUGAUAUCUUCGAACCUGAACAUUUAUCUAUUUUAUUUCUGAUUCAUACAGAAAUAAAAAGUGAAACCAUAAAUUGCAUAGGAAAAACAUAUACAGAUGGAGUAUUUAAUGACGAAUAUUUAAAUAAAUCUGAUUAUAAUGAAUUUGGAAUAUUAAAAGGGUAUGAUAUUAUAUUAUUAAGAUAUUCAUAUGAAGUUAUAUAUUUUUAUAAAGAAGAUAAUACAUCCUUAUUCUCUGAUUAUAAUAUACAGAAAAGUGAUGACAAAGAUAAUGAAAGUAAAAAUUCUUACCCUCUAAAUUAUAACAAUAAUGAAAUUGAUAAUUUAAAUAAUAAAAAUGAAACAAAUAAUUUCCCUUAUAAUAAUAAUAGUUCUUAUUAUGAAAAAAUAUUAAAUGAUAAAAAUAAAUAUCAUAUUAUGCUUACUUGGAAACCUCAUUUAAGAUAUAUAAAUAAUUCUACUCAAAUUGUACUUUUAGAUGCAUUAAACAUAUGUUCUGGUAUGGAUGGAUAUAUUGAUGAUAAAAAUUUUAAUUUUGAUGUUCUAGUAAAUGAUGAAUAUUCUUAUUUAGUUCAAUAUAAGACAAAAAUAUCUAUCUCUAGAUUAAUAUAUGCCGUCACUUCAUUGAUUCAAAAAAGAUUAAAGCCAAUGGUAUAUGUUCCCCACUGGUGGUAUAAUGAAAUAGCAUUUUGUGAAAAUAACUUGGAUGAACCAGCAACUUUUCAAUUAUAUGUUCUAAAUGAAUUAAAGAAAGAUGGUCUCUUAAAAAUUGGAUAUAGGAAAAUUAGUUCGAGAAUAUUUACCAUGAAUCAUAAAGAUAUAGACUUUAUUAUAAAAAUAGCCAUGAAAUAUGAUGCUAUUCUUUGUUCUAAUAAUAAUGAUAUAAUUAAAUAUUAUUUAGAAAUGAAUGAAAAUGCCAAAGUCUCCAAAUUUAUAUCUAAAGGAACCUUUUUUGUAUUAACCAAUUACCUUUAA